AUGGAGUCUCCUUCCUCGGCGCAGCUUGCACUCACCGAUAUCUACCCUCCCGCCCCAAUAGGGGAACCAGAAGACUUCAAGUCAGCGAUAGAGAACAGGUUUACGGCUCUCGAGGACGGAAGCAUCGAAGACUCGUACCUAUCAUUCAGUGGCGUUACAACACAACUUUUCGAAUACAUCGACAGCCGCCGGGACACCCUUGGAGCGAAACGUGUGCGCUUCACCUAUUUUGCCGAUAUCGAGACUCUCAUAGUGAAAGUACACUCUGAAGCCCAUGAGAGGGCACACGCAAUAAUAGGCCAUGAAAUCUUUCUCCGUCUGAGAGGGCACAUGGCGGUUGACGGUGACGAAGUCGUCCCUGUUCAGUCAACCACAUUCUAUGGAAGCGAGGGCUCAUCUAAGGAGGCUGACUCGGCGUACAAGAACCUGAAUGUUAGAUCUCAGGUUGCAUCUUGGCCCGUCUGGGUGGUCGAGGGGGGCAUGUCAGAGUCCUCAGAACGACUCCGUGCAGAUGCGAGCUGGUGGAUCAACCACUCCAAUGGCGACGUUGAACUCGCCAUCCUUGUCUGGAUCUGUCCCAGUCGAAGGACCAUCAAGAUCGAGACUUGGGUUCAUUAG